UAAGCCAACGGAGUAGAACGACCAGAUGAGAACUGUGCGCCUUACACACAUUGCGCACACACGUCACGUUACGUAGUGCGGGGGUGAAAGGUCACACAGAAAUGGCUUCUGGAAACGGACUUGCUUCUUUGGGUGUAGAAGGAGCCACCGCCGCAGCGCAGGCGCUCUCUCUCCCAGCUGAUGCGUACGGAAAUGACCAUCAGCUGGAGGUAAUGUGGGCAAUGAAAGCCUACCAACAUGCUGAAAUUUACUUUAAUCUCAUCUCAUCUGUAGAUCCUAAAUUUCUGAAGCUCACAAAAGUUGACGAUAAGAUUUACUCUGCGUUCAGGGAGGCGUUUGCCGACCUGAAUGUUGAAAUGCUGGACCCAGACUUGCUGAAGUCAAAUGACGCCAAAGAGAAAUGGAGGCCAUUUUGCAAUGAGUUUGAUGGUCUUGUGGAGGACUUCAACUACGGCACGCUUCUACGGCUGGACUGCCGGAAGGACUAUACGGAGGAGAACACCAUAUUUGCUACCAGAAUCCAGUUCUUCGCCGUGGAGAUUGCAAGGAACAGGGAAAGCUACAACAGUGCGAUCUACAAUGCAAAGAAACGCAGUGUGGAGACAGGACAGAGCUAACCAAUCCCCGGCGACCAUCCUUCAAGCCUCCUCCAAUCAGAAACAACCUGUCCAGCUCAACAUUGCCCUCUGCUUGUGACUGGGCAAAGGACAUAAUUCAGCUGAACUUACUUUCCUUGAGUGCUCCUCCUCUGGAAACUCCUCACCGAUGGGAAUCAAAGCCAUCGAAGCCACUCCAGUGCAGUCGGAGCCCAAUGUUAAAUGAAAAUGGAUAACCCCCCGAAAAUAAUCAGCAUGUUUCCCCCCCACCCCAUAACCUAGUGGUCCUCACUCCUGGUCCUGGAGAGCUGCAGGGUGUGCUGGCUUUCAUUUUCUCAGCACGUUUUCAGAUUGAACAUGCCCCUGGUUUCUUGGGUCUGAAUUGGUUGCUGAUAUUAAGGCGAAAACAAAAACCAGCACACCCAGCGGCUCUCCAAGACCAGUGAGGAUCACAGAGGUGGUCCAGGAAAGUCCCGAACAUUGUUCCUCUAGAUGUGCCAAAAUGACUCCAGUGAAGAAUGGACUGUAUUUGUUUUCCUUGGUUUCAAUCACUAAGUUGACAAACAAACCUUCACAUAAAGGCAGGUAACAGUGCGAUUGUGGCUGAAAUGGUUCAUGCUUCAUAUAUAAACUAAUGUAGGGCCACAAUAAACUUGGUGUUUCUUUUGACAGA